AUGGCUUUCCAUGUUAGAUCAAACAGUUUUCCCUCUAAAUCUCAUCCAGCAAUUUCUAAUGUUGAAGAUCAUUUAUGUAGGCUAAAGUCCUCCAAAGAAGCAUCUGUAUCAUCUUCUUCCAUAUGCACAGAGUUGGCCAGCCUCAGAGAUUUGCACGAAAAUAUUAAUAAUUUGAUUCAACUUCCAUCUGUCCAGCAAGCCCUUGCCGAUGAAACUUUUGCCAGUGAGUUGCUUGAUGGAUCUCUCAAGCUUGUCGACAUUUGUGGAAUUGCUCGAGAUGUUAUAGUUUUGAUGAAGGAAUCUGUUCAAGAACUCCAAUCGUCUUUGAGAAGAAACAGAGGCACUGAUGCAUAUAUGACUUCAAGGAAAAAUAUUGACAAAAUGGUUAAUAAGUGCAUCAAGAAUUUGAAGAGUUUCGAACAAAGCUCUACCAACAAACACAACAAUCUUAAGGGAAUUGCAACCGUUCUAAAAGAAUCACAGGUCAUUGGCUUUUCUGCCCUCAAGUCAGCAAUGACCAUUUGUGCAUCAAAGCAAAAAACUUGGUCCCUGCUUUCCAAGUUUACCCAAUCAAGCCGUGUACAUUCUGAAACAGAAGAAGAGAGCAAUGCUCAGGAAUUCUAUGCCUUGAACAUCGACAAAUUGCGAAAAGACAUGCACAAUGUAUCUGUGCAAGAUAUCAUGAAGCAGUUGAAAGCAUCAGAAAUGACCAUUCAGGAACUUGAAGAGAACUUAGAAGCUUUCUUUAGGAGUUCAGUCAAAAUUAGAGUUUCUCUUCUUAAUGCGUCUUCAGAAGCAUCUGUCUCAGCUUCUUCCAAAUGCAUAAAAUUGGCCAGCCUUAGAGAUUUACAUGAAGUUAUUAAUAAUUUAAUUCAGCAUCCAUCUGUUCAGCAGUCCCUCAUCGAUCAGGCCAGUGAGCUGCUUGAUGGAUCUCUUGAGCUUGUCGACUUAUGUGGAAUUGCUCAAGAUGUUAUAUUAUUGACGAAGGAAUCUGUUGAAGAACUCAAAUCAUCUUUGAGGAGAAAUAGAGGAAUUGAAACAUAUAUAAAUUAA